CGCUUUUCUUUUUUCCGGUUCGCCCUAAUUUUUCCUUAUUUUGAUCUUCGAUUGACUGUGUUGAUUCUCAGAUUUGGAAGUUCAAAGUCAGCAGAUUGUCAUAGAGGAAGAAAUGUUAGGUUCUGGAAAUAAUUUAAGCCGAGGGAAUGCAGGAUUGCCCUCAGAUAUGCCACCAUUGCCUCAGUAUUUGCCUCUGGAGCCGAUUACAUUGGGGAGUCAUAAAUAUACACGGUCUGGAGAGCUAAGCCGGGUUCUGGGUGUUCCACUUCGAAGUAGUACAUCAGAGGAUCACACUUUUGGAGUUUCACACUCCAAACUUUCCCCUCCUGUGGCAACAGAGGAACUUAAGAACUUUAAGGAAAGUGUUCAAGAUGCCAAAAGAAAGGCCAGUGUUAGGGUGAAAAAGUUACGCGAGUCAAUUUCUAAAUUGGAGAGGUAUAGAGAAGCCUUAGACACAAAGAAGCAGCAACGAAGUGAUAUUUCAAGUGAGAGAACUAGUGGAUUAAGCAAUGCAAAGAUGGGAAGCCAGAUUCAUAGGAACACUCAUGAAAUAGUGAACCAAAGAUCAGAGGAUAGGCCAAAGGGUGUGGGGCUCAACAAGCGUGUACGCACAUUAUUUUCCGAUUUACGGGCUGAUAACAGGACUACUGUGAAUCCAAGGCAGCAAGGGGUAGUAGAAAAGGAUAGUGAUGUACUUUCAGCUGUUAAUGGGGGUUCUGCUCGAAUUGAAGAAAAGAUCCGCAGAUUGCCAGGUGAAGGAUGGGAGACAAAGAUGAAAAGGAAACGGUCUGUUGCAGCUGUAGGAAAUAGAGUUGCCUAUGCUGGUCGAGAUAUAAAACAAUCUAUGCAACCAAAGCUGAGUUCUGAAUCAAAGUUACAGUUAUGUGAUACACUGGGUUUCAGAACGAAAUCUUCCCCUGGAGUUGGUGGAAUUAAUAGGUCACACGGUUCAUUUGAAGCUGCUGGUUCGGAGGCAAAUAGAGUAGUCAGGAAUGAAUUGGAGAGUACAUCUAUUCUACGGGAUCGUGCGGCUAUGUUGGAGCAGAGGGCUGUAGUAAAAACAAAUAAUAAGGCAAGUCAUCAGGAGGACAAUCAAGCAAGUGGCUCGAGUACAAUUCUAAAAGGGAAGGUUUCAAGGGCACCAAGAACUGGCUCCAUCAUGGUGUUAGACUCAUCUUCUAAAGUUCACCUCUCAUCAGGAGCUUUGCAGGGUUCGGAUCAGCCAAAUCAAAAUAAGAUCCAAGCUUUAGGUAUCGUGAACAAUAAAAAAUGUCCAAUGUCUACAGGCUCAUCAUCACAUGCUAUAUCCCAGUGGGGUGGUCAGAGACCACAUAAAAUCUCACGAACAAGGAGAGCAAAUUUAGUGUCCCCUGUGGCUAAUGCUGAAGCUCAGGUUUCAUCUCAAGGCUUUGCAAUACCUAAUUUUGGUGCUAGGGUAUCUAUUGGAACUGGUGGAUCGCUUCUUGGCAGCAGUGUAGAUAAUGUUUCUCCAAAUAUUAAGCAGGAACUUGAGAAUGUCUCUUCUCCAUUUGGGUUAUCUGAGAGUGAAGAAUCUGGGGCUGGAGAUAACAAAUCAAAAGAGAAAGGAAUUGAUACUUAUGAGGUUACUCUUCCUGAUUCCCAGAAAGCUGGGACUUUCUUACUGCCCACAAGGAAGAAAAAAAAUACUAAUGAAAUUGGAGAUGGAGUCCGAAGGCAAGGAAGGAAUGGUAGCAGUACUCCACCCUUGACAAAACCAUGUGUACAUCCUAUAAGGGAAAAAUCGGACAAUCUUACCACAAUGAAGCUAAUUCAAAGUCCAAGAUCUGCUUCUGAUAAAAAUAGAAGUAAAACAGGUUGCCCACCUUCCAAAAAGCUGAAAGAUCGCAAGGCCUCAACUCGUGUUGGGUCGAUGCUGAAUAAUGUUUCUUCAGAUUUCACAGGUGAAUCCGAUGAUGAUGAUCGUGAUGAACUACUUGAAGCUGCCACUUUGGCUCGGAAUGCUAGCGGUCUUGCUUGUUCUGGUCCUUUCUGGAAGAAGAUGGGAUCUAUUUUUAAUUCAGUGAGCUCAGAGGACACAUCUUACCUCAGGCAACAGCUAAGUUUGGCAGAAGAACUAGACGAGAGUUUGUGUCAAAUUUUUGGAAAUGGAUUUAAUGUUCAGGGUGUUGCAGUGCAGAAAGAUGCGCAUGAUUCUGUUGAAGUGGCCAAAACUAAUGCUUCAAGUGAAAGAUUUGAUAUAAAGAAGUUUGACAAGGUUACUCCUUUUUAUCAAAGAGUUCUUUCUGCUUUGGUCGAAGAAGAUGAAAAUGAAGAAAUUUAUCACCGCAAUGAAGCGAAGAACAUGUCCCUUCACUAUGCAAGCGACGAUUCCCAUUGUAGUUCAUGCAACCUGAUGGAUGUUGAAUUUAGAGAUAGAGACAGAAUAGAAACUGAAGUUGAGUCAUACACAGAUUUUCAGUGUCAGAAAAACUCUCUGUUAGACAGGAUGUCUGGUGAUGUGAGUGUUGCGUCAAACACAUUUAGGAACGGCAGCAUGUCUAAUUCAUUACAUAGCAGUGAACGGUGGUUGGGAGAUGAUGAUUUAUCACAUAUGGAUUCAGGUCCCGUGAGUGAAAUAUGUUCAACUGACCUGGGUCAGGUCCAACAGAAGGAAAUGAAUGUUUCUGAGGGUUCUGUUGACUGUCAAUAUCAGUUGAGGUGUAUGGAGGACAAGCUUUUGCUGGAGUUGAAUAGUAUUGGUAUUUAUCUCGAGUCCUUGCCUGAUUUGGCGGAGGGGGACGCGAUAAAUCAAAAUGUUGUUGAACUUAAUGAAUGUCUCUAUCAACAGAUCCAGAAGAAGAAGAAAAAGUUGGGGAAGAUUGAUAAAGCUGUUGAGAAUGGGAGAGAUGUAGAGAGAAGGGACAUUGAGCAUGUUGCAAUGGACCAAUUAGUCGAGAUGGCUUACAGAAGACGUUUGGCGUGUCGUAGGAAUAAUUCGUCCAAAAGUGCAGUUCGUAAGGUUUCAAAACAAGUUGCAUUGGCUUUUGUCAAGCGAACUGUUGAUAGAUGUCAAAAAUUUGAGCAGACGGGCACUAGUUGCUUUAGCGAACCUGCUUUGCAAGAUAUCAUGUUUUCUGUACCUCCAUGCAGCAAUACAGCGAAGUCUGUUGAUUGUAUUGGCUCCGGAACUGCUAGUAACAUUUGUAAUGAAACUUCCAACGGUCAAGGAGAAGCCAGGGGCUCAGGUGCUGUUUCGAGUACUUACGAGAGGAAUGAUUCAUCGGAAACCAAGUAUGGAUCUAUGUUGAACAAAGGGGGGAAGAGGGAAGUACUUAUUGAUGAUGUUGUUGGUAGUGCUUCGUCUAGGGUAACAUCCACUCUUGAUGGCAGUGUUGGAGGAUUAAACGGAAGGGAGCAAAGCAGAGAGAAUCUGAGAAAUACUAGUUCGAAGGACGAGCGGAAAACAAAAGCAAAAGCCAAGCAAAAGCAUAGUCAUUUAUCAAUCUCUGGAAACGGAUUCAACGGAAGGCUUACAGGACCUUUGAAACCUACAGAUAAGAUUCAUCAGAAUUCAACCAAAGAAACAGACGAUCCCAUGGAUUUUGCGAACUUGCAACUAAACGAGCUGGAUACAAUGGAGGAAUUGGUUGUUCCAAACGAGAUUGGUGGUCCGCAAGAUCUGAGUUCGUGGUUAAACUUUGAUGAAGAUGGCUUGCAAGACCAUGAUUCAAUAGGGUUAGAAAUACCAAUGGAUGAUCUCUCGGAUUUGAAAUUUGCAUUCUGAUAUUGUUGACCCUUGCAUUAGCAAAGUUUGGUUACUAAUUUAGCAGCCUAUCUAAUGCAAACUGAAGAGAAAGUGUAAUUAUGAUCCAUUUUUCCCACAAAUAUAAAUAUUGACAA